CUCUCCUCCCCCAAAUGCCGCGCCCCCUUCACUACUACUCCUAGCCGCUGCCGCUGCCGCUUCUCCUCUCUUCUCCCCGAAACAUCCACCUCACCGCCGCUUCUCGCCGCCGACGACCGACGCGCCAGGCCAGCCAUGGGCUGCUUCCUCGGCUGCUUCGGGGGCGCCAAGUCCAAGAAGGAGCGCCGCCACCGCCGCCGCAAGCAGCGCUCCCCCUCCCACUCCCCCUCCAAGGCCGCCCGCGACGCUGAGGCCGCCGCCGCCGCCGCCCCGCUCCUCGCCACCCUCCUCGAGCUCAGGGAUUCGGCCGAUGACCUGUGCCUGGCCGUCGUCGCCAAGAAGAAGGUGACGUUCGACCCCAACGUCACGGCCUACGACGCGCCGCCCAUACCCGAGGGAGGAGAGGAGGCGACUGAGGCGGAGGAGGAGGAGGGCCGCGCCGCGGCGAAGGCCGAGGAGGCGUGGACGCUGCUGGGGCCCGAGUGCGCCAAGUCCGAGGCGUUCCCGCUCAACCACAGGUACGGCAACUGCGCCGGCGCCGACGACGACAGCGACUACGAGGACUGCUACGACGACGACGACGAUGAGUACGAGUACGAGGACGACGAGGAGGAGGAGGACGAUGAUUUGGACGGCAUCGACGAGUGCGCGGUGGACGACGACGAGGAGCACGGCGGGCUGCUGGGCAUCGCGCGCGGCGAGGAGGACGCGUGCGACUCGCUCUUCCUGCUCCCGGCGCCCAAGACGUACGCCAAGGACAAUGCCGCUACCGGCGCCGGCCAGACUGGUGCCGCAGCUGAGGCGCCCGCAGCCGAGGUGCUCAACUCGGUGGAGAACUUCAGCCAGUGGAAGGACGCCACCAAACCUCACACAGCCGUGACAAAGGAUUCAGAGAAGGAGAACUUGGUCACUCUCUCCGACGACCCGGCGACCGCCCCGGCCAUGAAGCAAGAGAAGCCGGCGGUGAGCUGGGACUACACCCCCAGGACGCCGAGCAAGCAGGAGGCCUCGGUGGACGCGAGCCUCUCCACGUGGCUGGGCUCCUCGGGGACGCCGGAGAGCAACUACUCGGUGCGGUCCUACUCACCGAUCAGCCGGGAGGACCGGCCCAUCCUCGGCGCCCUCACCGUGGAGGACAUCAAGAUCUCCUCGGCCAACUCGUCGCCGAGACGGUCGCGGUCCCCGAGCCCGAGCCCCGACGACAUGCCGAUCCUCGGCACCGUGGGGGCCUACUGGAACUGCAGCGGCGCCAAGGGCGGCAGUGAUGAUUCAGUGACGAGAGGCGGGUUCAUGAAGACCAGGAGCAGAUUUGGGCAGAACUUGGCUUGAUGGAAAUGGUGAACUGCCCUCCAGAAUUAUGAUGAAAUAGGCUAGAAAGAAGAGCUGUGAAUUAAGAGAGAAGAUACAGUGUGAGUGAGUGAGAGAUUGUUCCAUGAGUGAGAGAUUCUUUUAUGUGUUUGUAAACAUGUCAUGUCAGCAUUCUAUAUAGCAUGGUAAUUCUUUUUGUGUGGCACUGUCAAUAUGAUGUAGUACUAUUAUUUCACCCUUUGUCAAUAAUCAAUAUUUUGCACUGCUUGCAA